AUGCCCAGAGGAACGCAAUUGGAAUAUUUAAGUGCGCUGAAACUUAAGGAUACAACUCAUGUGUUCCGUAAAACGGGCAUUAUUUGCACUGUUGGGCCGGCAUGUAGGAGUGUGGACAUGUUACGAACGAUGAUCACAAAUGGAUUGGGUAUUGCGAGAUUGAAUUUUAGUCACGGAACUCAUGAGUAUCAUGCAGAAACAAUUGCGAAUAUACGUGAAGCGGGUGUGCAAGCUGAAGUAGAGUUGAAAAAAGGUUCAUCAGUAAUCAUAACAACUGAUCCAAAAUUUCAAAACUCAUGUACAUCAGUGAAUAUUUUCGUUGAUUACGUGAAUAUCGUAAAAGUUUUGAAAGAAGGCUCGAGAAUUUUCAUCGAUGACGGUCUUAUCUCGUUGUUGGUCAAUGAAAUUGGUAAGAAUUCAUUGACAUGUACCGUUGAAAAUGGUGGCAUGCUGGGUAGUCGGAAAGGUGUGAACUUGCCUGGAACACGAGUGGAUCUGCCGGCAGUUACCGAGAAAGAUAUUGACGACCUGAAAUUUGGCAUUGAACAAGGUAUUGAUAUAGUGUUCGCGUCAUUCGCACGUAGCGGUGAGGGAAUCCGUCAGAUACGUCGUGCACUCGGUGAAACGGGAAAACAUAUCAAAGUUAUCGCCAAAAUUGAGAAUCAACAAGGAGUUGAGAAUGCUGAAGAUAUAAUUGCCGAAUCGGAUGGUGUAAUGGUAGCGCGUGGUGAUCUCGGUAUAGAAAUACCAGCUGAGAAGGUGUUUCUUGUGCAAAAGAUGUUGAUCGCAAAAUGUAAUCGAUACGGUAAACCGGUUAUAUGUGCCACCCAGAUGCUCGAGUCAAUGAUACAUAAGCCAAGACCCACACGUGCUGAAGGAAGUGACGUCGCGAAUGCGGUGUUGGAUGGUGUCGAUUGCGUGAUGUUAAGUGGUGAAACGGCGAAGGAUCAUGCAAUCGCUCGGCAACUGCACCUGUGGCGUGGUGUACUUCCAUUGUAUCAUGGAGGUGUGAACAACGUCGACUGGCAAACGGAUAUCGAAAAUCGUGUACUACACGGAAUAACUUGCGGUAAAAGAAGACGAGUCUUUAAUACUGGAGACUUGCUGAUUGUUAUCACUGGUACUUCGAAGGGAAAAUGGAAAGGUGAUUAUUAUCUUCAGCAUUAUCAGUGA